ACGUUUGGAACAGAACUCCAUCAGGGUCAUCCCUCCUGGAGCUUUCUCACCAUAUAAAAAGCUCAGACGAAUCGACCUGAGCAAUAAUCAGAUCUCUGAGCUUGCCCCGGAUGCCUUCCAAGGACUGCGCUCUCUGAAUUCACUUGUCCUCUACGGAAAUAAAAUCACAGAGCUCCCAAAAAGUUUAUUUGAAGGACUAUUUUCCUUGCAGCUGCUAUUAUUGAAUGCCAACAAGAUAAACUGCCUUCGGGUAGAUGCUUUUCAGGACCUGCACAACUUGAACCUUCUCUCCUUAUAUGACAACAAGCUUCAGACUGUUGCCAAGGGCACCUUCUCAGCUCUCAGAGCCAUCCAAACUAUGCAUUUGGCUCAGAACCCUUUCAUUUGUGACUGCCAUCUCAAGUGGCUAGCGGAUUAUCUCCACACCAACCCAAUUGAGACCAGCGGUGCCCGUUGCACCAGCCCUCGCCGCCUGGCUAACAAAAGAAUUGGACAGAUCAAAAGCAAGAAAUUCCGUUGUUCAGGUACAGAAGAUUAUCGAUCAAAAUUAAGUGGAGACUGCUUUGCAGACUUGGCUUGCCCUGAAAAGUGUCGCUGUGAAGGGACCACAGUAGAUUGCUCCAAUCAAAAACUCAACAAAAUCCCAGACCAUAUUCCCCAGUACACCGCCGAGCUGCGUCUCAAUAAUAAUGAAUUCACAGUGUUAGAAGCUACAGGAAUAUUUAAGAAACUUCCUCAGUUACGUAAAAUCAACUUUAGCAACAAUAAGAUCACCGAUAUUGAGGAGGGAGCCUUUGAAGGCGCAACUGGUGUAAAUGAAAUUCUUCUCACCAGUAACCGUUUGGAAAAUGUUCAGCAUAAAAUGUUCAAAGGAUUGGAAAACGUCAAAACAUUGAUGCUACGAAGUAAUCGAAUAAGCUGUGUUGGAAAUGACAGUUUCAUAGGACUCGGCUCUGUGCGUCUGCUUUCUUUAUAUGACAAUCAAAUUACUACAAUUGCACCAGGGGCAUUUGAUACUCUCCAUUCCUUAUCUACACUAAACCUCUUGGCCAAUCCUUUCAACUGUAACUGUCACCUGGCAUGGCUGGGAGAAUGGCUCAGAAAGAAAAGAAUUGUAACAGGAAAUCCUCGAUGCCAAAAGCCCUACUUCCUCAAGGAAAUCCCAAUCCAGGAUGUAGCCAUUCAGGACUUCACCUGUGAUGAUGGAAAUGAUGACAAUAGUUGCUCUCCACUCUCCCGUUGUCCUUCGGAAUGUACUUGCUUGGAUACAGUAGUCCGAUGUAGCAACAAGGGCUUGAAGUUCUUGCCUAAAGGUAUUCCAAGAGAUGUCACAGAAUUGUAUCUGGAUGGGAACCAGUUUACAUUGGUCCCCAAGGAACUCUCCAACUACAAACAUUUAACACUUAUAGACUUAAGUAACAACCGAAUAAGCACCCUUUCCAACCAAAGCUUCAGCAACAUGACCCAGCUUCUCACCUUAAUUCUCAGUUACAACCGUCUCAGAUGUAUCCCUCCACGAACCUUUGAUGGAUUGAAGUCUCUUCGGUUAUUAUCUCUACAUGGAAAUGACAUUUCUGUUGUACCAGAAGGUGCCUUCAAUGACCUCUCAGCCUUAUCACACUUAGCGAUUGGAGCCAACCCUCUUUACUGUGAUUGUAACAUGCAGUGGUUAUCCGACUGGGUGAAGUCGGAAUAUAAGGAACCUGGAAUUGCUCGCUGUGCUGGCCCUGGAGAAAUGGCAGAUAAAUUGUUACUCACAACUCCCUCCAAAAAAUUUGCAUGUCAAGGUCCUGUGGAUAUUAAUAUUCAAGCCAAGUGUAACCCCUGUUUAUCAAAUCCAUGUAAAAAUGAUGGCACCUGUAACAAUGACCCGGUUGAUUUUUAUCGAUGCACCUGUCCAUAUGGUUUCAAGGGGCAAGACUGUGAUGUUCCCAUCCACGCCUGUAUCAGUAGCCCAUGUAAACAUGGAGGAACUUGUCAUUUAAAAGAAGGAGAGAGUGAUGGAUUCUGGUGUAGUUGUGCUGAUGGGUUUGAAGGAGAAAACUGUGAAGUCAAUAUUGAUGAUUGUGAAGAUAAUGACUGUGAAAACAAUUCUACAUGUGUUGAUGGAAUUAACAACUACACAUGCCUUUGCCCACCAGAAUACACAGGCGAGCUGUGUGAGGAAAAGCUGGACUUCUGUGCCCAGGACCUGAACCCCUGCCAGCAUGACUCCAAAUGCAUCCUGACACCAAAGGGAUUCAC